UGGACUGAAUAUUUUCACAUCCUGAAGUUUCCAUCCAGCCCUUUGUUUGUGGUAAUUAGCAGAAGUGCCAUCAGCUGGAAAUAAAAAUGGCAGGAAUCUGUCUAAGGAAGGUUUACUUUUCUGCUCAGAUGGCUUCCAGGUUUAGCCAGAAGAGAUUUGGAAAACAAUCUGGGUCCUCAGACUCCGUUCUGCCGAAUGAUCCUGGCCCCAGCCCUCUGAAUGAGCUCUCCCACAGCGCCUCCUGGUGGGCCGACACAGAGGAGCACGGGGAACAAGGAGACUCUCUCAUAGAACAACUAAAGGAGAUGGAUGAGCACGUGGCCAGGCUCCAGGACAUGCUUAGAUGUGAACGGGCCAAAAGCACUCGUCUGCAGCUGCGGUGUAACCAGCAGGAGGUGGAGAUGAGGCGUCGAGAGCAGCACACCAACAGACUGAAGGAGCGGGUGUCUCAGCUGACUGACCGACACAAUACAAAAGGACCCUCCAUAGAGGUGUUGAACCUUACGUCUGGAGGUCGAGGCAAAAGAGAACAGCCAAUCAAAUCAUUCAGGUCUACCGCAAAACGAGAAGAGGAAACACUGCGUCUGAUGUUGGAGCGCAGAGAAGCAGAGCUCAGGGAGGCGAUGAAGCUGCGCCACAGCAUCGCCACUUUACUCCAUGCACUCAGAGUCGACAUGGCGCAUACCCUGUCAGACGGUGUGGAUGUUCAGGAUGAGGCUCAAGCUGAAGACAACAAGCUUGAUCAAGCUGAGGUAGCGCUUGGUGACCAUGUAACAGGAGGCGUGGUUCAGUGUUGGAGGCAGGUGCAGAGGAGACUGCGUGGUGGCCCAUCUGUAGGCCACACUGGUUUUGACACCGACCAUGACAAGCUCCUGGCUCAACUAGAAACUGAACUGAAAGGGAGUCAACAGCUAGUCAGAUUACAACAGCAGCUGCUGGAGGACAGCUUUGCGUCGCCUGUCCCCCGUGAACUGGCUGAUUCCUACUUUUUGGAAGAGUGGGAGCGUCUUCAGAUGCGCUGGGCAGAGCUUGAUCAUCAGAGGCGGACUUUUAAAAAGGAGAGGCAGUCCUUCACUGAUGCUGCAAUCAGACUUAGCCAUGAGCGCCGUGAUUUUGAGCAACAGAAGGCCUCUGUCCUGAAGCAGCAGUAUCUGCUGGACUCCUCUCUGUCUGGUAAAGGAGCACCAAGUAACAACAGGAGAGAGAGCACUGGACUCAAUUUCUCAAGUUUGGGGCCCACCAGCAUAUCUUGCUGUCUUCCCAUUACACCAUCUUCAACCAAGUCGGGGACAGACGCUGUUUCUGGAUCACAUCAGAGAAGAGUCAGAGUUCAAACCCCCAGCACUCCUGAGCUCUACUCCGCCCUCAAUCUGUCAUACAACUGCAGAGAGUUUGAUGACCAGUCAGAGACAUGGGAAGGCCGAGCAGACACACAACGGGCUCCACACUUAGACUGCUCAUUUGAAUACAAUUUUGAUGAUAGGUGGUGAUUUAAAAAAAAGAGAAAAAAAGCUGUACCUUACUAUUUUCACUUUUUAAGGUAAUCAAUAAAGGCUGAUUGUAUUUUUUUUUUAUCCUUAUUUUCUUCCACCUUGAAAAAGAUGUAAAUUGAUUCAUCAAUUUUUUUUUUUUUUUUUUAAGACUACAGCAGGAUA